AAUUGCUGGGUGUCACUGACCUGGUUGAAUUGAGCAAUGCACCCGUACGUCCGUCCGUACAUGUGCUCUGUCUGUUUUCCGUACUAACUUCUGGCCUCUCGCUCUGAUUUCCAAAAAAAAUAAUGACGAAGGGUCCUGGACGUCUAAAGAGUGGCGCGACAAAAAAGACCAAGCGAUGGAAGAAGGGCCAGAGUUGUGUCAGCAAUCCAACGGUGACAACUCACCGACAAGCAGCCACCGCUAAUCGGUUUUUGCCGAGCCACGCGAAUGGACGUCCGCGUCCUGGCGCGCCGUCGGCCGGCAGAAUAGAGGGUGGUGUUCCAUUGACUGAAAAAGCUUUGGCGCAUCACAAUGAGGAAUCCAGGGAUUUUGGUAUCAGCGACGACAUCAAAUCUGCAGGAGGAGAGACCUACAAGACAUUCCUGAGUGGUGUCAGUGACUGCUCCAAUCCUGCCUUUGACAAAGUCAAGCGAUACUGGGAGUCAAAUGCAGCCUCCCACAGAGAGGUUUGUGCUGUAUUGGCUGCAGUGACCGAGGUUAUCCGGGAGCAAGGAGGAAAAGAGACAGAGACAGAAUACUUUGGAGCUCUGAUGACAGCUCUUGACAAUGUGGAAAGUGAGGAGUCACUGUCAGCGAUUCUCUUUCUGCUCAGCCUCGUCAUCAAAAGAAUUCCAGCCUCUGUUUUGCGGCUGAAAUUCUCGGCCAUCAGCAAAUCUUUCCUGGGCAUUCUGGCCCAUCAUGCCAAGCAAUCAGGUACAACCUCACUGCGGUCGUGCCUGGUGUGUCUGAGCACCACGCUGCGGCAGCAGGACUUUGGCACGUGGAGCGAACCGUCUACCAUGCAGGUGUAUCAUGGGAUACUUAGCUACACCAUCCAUCAAAAGCCGAAGAUUCGGAAGGCAGCCCAGCAUGCAGUCUGUGCCAUCCUGAAGGGCAGCAGCUUCAUGAUUGUCCAGGACUCCCCGCCAUGCCACCCGGCCGCAAGCGCAACGGCCAAAUUCUGCAUACAGAAAAUAGAAUCCAGCGGAGGAACUGGGGAGGUGGCCACAACGAUGCAUGUUUUGGGGCUUCUGAAGGAUGUGCUGUCGUGCCUGCCGCAGAAUAGCUUGAAAUCAGCUUGUGAAACAAUCCUCAGACUGAUGACAUUAAGCAAUGUGCUGAUGACGUCAGUCUGCAUGCAGUCACUGCAUGGAAUGUUCGUAGCCAAGCCCAAGCCUUCCAUUCUCCCCGCCGACCUCAACGCUCAGCUGAUCAACGCACUGUAUGACUACCAGCCGGGGGAGAAUGACGUCCAGCCUACCCAGGCCUGGCUGGCUGUCAUGGAGGCAGCUCACACCAACCUAGCCAGAGUGAACCAGAAGUUGUGCAUCAGUCAUUUGCCUCGUCUCUUCAGCACUGCCAUGGCGUGCUUCGUUUCACAGAAGACUGAAAUUAUGGUGUCAGCAUCCCAGGUCAUGAAGACCCUGUUGUACAAUUGUGUGAAGCCUGCCAGUGACUGGUUGUCCAUUGAGCUAGCCAGCAACACAUCCACUCCAAUCCACAAAAUGUUCCACUCUGUAGAGGGUGGACUGGCCUACAAAUAUCACUCAUCCUGGGGACUAGUGCUUCAGGUCAUGCGCACCUUCUUUGAGGUUAUUGGUAAAGAGGGCUGUCGCUUCAUGAAGAAAUGCCUGCAGUCCAUGUGCGACCUGAGGAGCACCCACCACUUCCCCUACAUCCAGGAACUGGACCGCACCGUUGGGAUGGCUGUACGCACCAUGGGGCCUAGGUUUGUGCUGGGGGCCGUUCCACUUCAGAUUACGGGGGACGAGGAUAACUAUGACUUCCCUCGAAGCUGGCUCCUUCCAGUUAUCCGAGACAACGUAUGCAACACCAAGCUGCAAUUCUUCACAAAGUAUUUCCUGCCCUUGGCAGCCAAGCUCAAAUCAAAAGCACUGGAGUACAGCCAGCAAGGGCGUAAUGUAGAGGCCAAGACCUAUGACAUUCUGCAGUCCCAGAUCUGGUCACUACUGCCGGGGUUCUGCAAAGACCCCAUUGACAUCUGCCCGGGGUUCAAGGGAAUCGCCCGCAUCCUGGGCUCAGCCCUCAGUGACAGGCCCGACCUGCGACACGACGUGUGCUUGGCUAUCCGCCAUCUCGUCACACGGAACAUGGACAACGAGACGAAUCGUGCCGAGUUGGCCCGCUUCGCCAAGAAUUUCCUGCCCAUCUUCUUCAACAUCUACACCAGUGGGAAUGCCCGUCAAAACACGUCACUUGCUUCCAUUCUUGAGACUGCCAAAGUCUACCUGAAAAUUGCAGAUCCAAAGCUUGUCACCGACCUCUUUAACAAGCUGGCAAGCAAGCUCAUGGCCGAGGGGACUGACCGGCACCCCCUGAUGGACCUGGCCAUCGCUGUCACCCCUCACCUUGACAGGGAUCACAUGACCAAGCUCUUUGACAUUGUCUCGCAGCUGCUGAAGAGCACCGAUCACACUGUGCAGAAGAAGGCCUAUCGAAUCUUGGAGAAUCUGUGUGAUGGUUCCACCGAGGCAGGGUGCCAGUUCAUUUCAUCUCACUUACGGCAGCUCCAGAAGACACUGGUCACAUCUCUGUCCACUGCCUCUCCAUCCUCCAAAGGGCCCCGCUUACGAUGCAUUAUCCACAUCAUACGAGCCCUGCCUUCCAAAAAUGUGGACUUCCUGGAGACCAUUAUCCCGGAGGUCAUCCUCUGCACCAAGGAAGUCAAUUCCAAAACGAGGCUGGUAGCCUUUGACCUGCUGGUCGACCUGGGUCAUGCCCUGAUCAGAUGGUCCGAGGGGGAGGACACAAGAGAAGUUUGUGUGCGUCAGUACAUUGAGAUGCUGACAGCUGGUCUGGCUGGUUCCCCGCACAUGGUCAGCGCUACCGUGCAAGCCCUGACAAGAGUACUGUUUGAGUUCAGAGAUGUCGUCCAAGGAUCAUUCUUGGGCCAACUGGUGGAGGGAGUCUGUACCCUUCUACAGUCCAAGGCCAGGGAGAUUCUCAGCCCCACCCUGGGCUUGGUCAAGGUUCUGGUUACAAUUUUGGAAGAUGUCACGCUGGCUCAGUAUGUGGAACAGCUGAUCUUACACAUUGCAAGAAUGGGCAACACAAACCGUCGAAACUUGAGGGUACCAAUCCGCUCGAUAUACACCAGAUUUAUCAGGAAGUUUGGAUAUGAGAUGAUUUACAAGCUGGUUCUGGAAGACCACAAAAAGAUGGUACAAAACAUCAAGAAGAAACAGGAGAGAACCAAGCGACACAGGGCCAUGAAGGAGAGGCAAUCCGGAGGUGGAGACGACAACGAAGAGGAGGAGGGCGAUGAAGCCCCAGCCCUGAUGCCUAGCAAGCCCAAGCCAGAGACUAUUGAUGAGCUACUGCAGGACUCUGAGUCUGAAACAGAUGAGGAGGAAGAGAAAGCCAAGGGUAAAGGUCAGAAGGUCAAAGGACGUAAGAGCAAGAAGCAACAGGCCAGUAAGCAGGGGGCAGCCUGGCUGAAGGAAGGACAGCAGGAGGACACACCCCUUGACUUCCUGGAUCCCAGUGUCUCCAAGAGAGUACUUGCCACCAAGCCUGAUGAGAAGUCAAACAAGCCCUCCACAGGGGUCAGGCACAACUUUAAGACUAUGCCGGAUGGCCGUCUCAUCAUCGCUGAGCCAGAGGAAAAGGAGGAGGGACGAGAAGGAGCCAAGAUAGGAAAGAAGCGUGCCGGCCAGAAGCAAGACUUGGAGGUGAUGGAUGACCUGGAGGAACUGAUGGAGGAAGAGCUGGCAACAAGAAAGGCCGGCCGGAAGAGAAAAGUUGAGGACCUCAGCGUGAGUGAUGAUGAGAACGAAACGCCCAGAAAAUACCAAGCUGGUGGCAUUGGUAUCCACAGACCUGUGGCUGUUGCUAAGCGCACAUUGAAAGAACUGGGACGGGAAUACAAAGCAAAGAAAGCCAAAGGUGACGUCAAGAAGAAGGAUAAGCAUGAUCCGUACGCCUACGUGCCGCUGAACAGACAACAGCUUAAUCGAAGAAUGAAAGCCAAAUCGGCCGGGCCAUGGAAGAAGCUGGCCCCCAAAGGCAAGAGAGGUGCCAAGCAGUCUGGUAGAGGUCACAAGAAAUGAUGGGCAAAACUUUGCCCACGACACUUGCUCAAGAAAUCCUGUCCCUUAACCCUAACCCCCCCAAGGGUUGCUGGCCCUAACCUUCCCCGUUCACACAAAGUUAAAACACCCAUAUUGCUGUGUGGUUGGGGAAGGUUAGGGUUAAAGGUUUUGACACCAGUCACUAGUGCUUUUGGAAGCAAUAAGACAUGCAUGUAUCUCUCACCCGACCAAAAUUAACAGGGCCACAACUCUGUUUUUUUGGGGGGGGGGCUGGAGUUAUUACCUAUAUUUUGAAAGAAAAAACUGAAAGUAGAACUUUGCACUAAUCUGUUGCUGAUAAAAAUGAGGUAAAAGCAUGCAGCCUCAGAUUUAAAGAGAACCUUUGAAAUAUCUUGGUUCACUGAGUGUACUGUAGCAUGGAACAGUUAGUUGGGAAGUCAUAUUUCUUUUAUGUUUAGAUGUGUGAGCUUAAAUCUCUCUCUCUAAAAAAGACUGAAUGUAAUUGCCUUUUUUUGUUAAUCUAAUUUUUUGAAUUGGCAUGGCACUCGUUUCCUUAUGUAACUUUACAAAGCAAAUCCUUUGCCGUCACAAAGUUGUGUUCCCUAGAAAUCUCACAUGAGCUGAAUAUGGUGUAAAUGAAAAUUAAUGAGUUGAAAUGGCAUACCCUCUUUUUGAUGAAUGUUUUGUUUCACUUCAUUCACACUUCUACAACAAACAAUAUUUUUUGCGGGUAUGUAAAUGUCCAAAAUUAUUUAUUGAAAUUGUUGUUAUAUUCAUGCAUGACAGCAUAUGACAUAAGUUAAUAAAUGUCACAUAUUAAAAUUAGUUAAGGCUGAUACAGUGAAUGAAUGGCGAUACUCGUUGACCAGAAUAGCAUUUUCACAUCACUGGUUAAUGGUUGCCUUGUAAUAAGAGUACCUUUUACAACCUGUUCCAAAGCAGCAGUACAA